AUGGAGCAAGGUGAUCGGCGUCUCCAUCUCCACUACUCGGCACCGGCAACGGAGUGGGCUCAGGCGCUGCCCAUCGGCAACGGCCGGCUUGGAUGUAUGAUCCACGGGCGGCCCUCGACUGAGCUAUGGCAGCUCAACGAGGACUCGGUGUGGUACGGCGGUCCACAGGAGAGAACGCCAAGGGACGCGUUCAAGCACCUUGGCACCCUGCGACAACUUAUCCGGGAUGCCAAACACGCAGAGGCCGAGGAGUUGGUCCGGACGGCCUUUUUUGCGGCGCCCGCGACGAUGAGACACUAUGAGCCGCUAGGAAGUUGCUCUCUCGAGUUUGGACACACUGGCGAAUUGACCAACUAUCGUCGCCUUCUCGAUCUUGGGUCCGCCGUGCACACAGUCAAAUACGACCAUGACGGCGUCUCGCACGAAAGACAGAGCUUCGCCAGCCAUCCAGAUGGCGCCCUUGUUACUCAAAUCACAUCGUCGAAGCCAAUUCGCUUCAUCAUUCGCUUAAAUCGGGUUGGUGAGCAGGAAUGGGACUCCAACGAGUUUCUUGACAGUAUUCAGGCUACCGACAACCGCAUCGUCUUACACGCCACCCCAGGCGGUCGCAACAGCAAUCGUCUAUGUAUCGUGUUAGGAGUUCGUGUUCCGGCAGACGGGUCUGUAGAAGCAAUUGGGGGCAGUUUAAUCGUGCACUCCUCAUCAUGCGUGGUUUCCAUCGGCGCCCAUACUACAUACAGGCAUGAGGACCCUGAGCUUGCAGCCAGGCAGAAUGUCGACGCCGCAUUGAGCAAGUCUUGGGACGACCUCCUGGCCACACAUUCCGCGGAUUACCGGGGGCUAUUUACAAGGACAAGUCUUGCUAUGAGGCCCGAUGCCAGCCAUAUACCGACUGAUGAGCGGAUCAAGAACCAUCGAGACCCGGGGCUUGUUGCACUCUACCACAACUACGGGCGCUAUCUACUCAUCUCUUCGAGCCGACCUGGACUCAAGUCCUUGCCAGCGAAUCUUCAAGGAAUAUGGAACCCAUCAUUCUCUCCACCCUGGGGGUGCAAGUACACGAUCAAUAUCAACAUCCAAAUGAAUUACUGGCCUGUUGGCUCAAGCAAUUUAUUCGAAUGUGCUUUACCCUUGCUCGAGCUCGUCCAACGGAUAGCCAUCAGAGGGCGGGUCACUGCAAAGACCAUGUACGGCUGCAAAGGAUGGUGCGCCCAUCACAACACAGACAUCUGGGCCGACACAGAUCCCGCUGAUCAGUGGAUGCCUUCUACACUAUGGCCGCUCGGGGGAGUGUGGUUGUGCAUGGAUCUUGUGGAGUUGCUACAGUAUCGAUACAAUCGCGCGCUUCAUGAGCAAGUCGCACCUCUGCUUGAGGGAUGCAUCGAGUUUAUUGUGGAUUUCCUAAUCCCGUCCAAGGAUGGCAAACACUUGGUGACAUGUCCAUCACUCUCGCCGGAGAACACUUUCAUCUCGGGCAACGGCUCCAUGGGCAUUUUAUGCGAAGGCUCUGUCAUCGACAUCACCAUCAUCCGCAUCGCGUUUGAGCAGUACCUUUGGAGUCACCAGAAGCUCCCAACAUCAGCAAGCAGUGAGCUUGUAGCCAAGGUCCACAAGAUUCUUAAUCCGACCGGUCCCCUCGAUCCACGCCUGCCCGACAUGAAGAUUAACCCGCAGGGGUUGAUCCAGGAAUGGGGUCUAGAGGACUAUGGCGAGCACGAACCAGGACAUCGACAUGUCUCCCAUCUAUUCGGGCUCUAUCCUGGCAACAUAAUCCAUCCAGGCACUACACCAGAGUUAGCUGCAGCCGCACGGAAGGUCCUCGAUCGCCGAGCUGCGCAUGGAGGCGGGCACACGGGAUGGAGUCGAGCAUGGUUGCUGAAUCUCCACGCGCGACUCCGUGACGCCGAAGGGUGUGCCAAGCACAUGGACCAGCUGUUGGAGAGCUCGACUCUUCCAAACAUGCUUGACAGCCAUCCGCCGUUCCAGAUUGAUGGCAACUUUGGGGGGUGCUCAGGCAUCCUUGAAUGUCUCGUACAAUCGAGGAUAGAUCAUGACAGUGAGGGGCCAUUUACUGCUAUCUACUUGCUCCCAGCUUGUCCCACCGAUUGGAGCAGUGGUCGGCUGAAGGAUGUUGGGGUGAAGGGCGGUUGGGCUGCUUCGUUUUCUUGGGAAGAGGGAAAGAUCCAAACGCCGACCUCGGCAAACCGAGGCUCAUGUCUUGAUUCUUCCUCGUCAACGCGCGUCAAGAAGGCUACCCUGGAGCCGCAUUGA